AGCUGUAGUUUCAGUGUCCCGUCGGAAGAAACUUAGCACCCUGCAAGCGACAGUUGUGAAUGUAUUCUCGCACCACGCUCCGCUCGUAGUGUGAGAGAUAUGGAAUUUUUCCUACUAGUAUGAUUCACGGACAACUUCAACUUAGAAACGCACUAGGGUCAGAUACAACGAUCACGAUGCCCACGUCCUCGUACAUGAAGCAGCUUGCUGCUUUCGCGUUCCGUCUUCCUUAUUUUGCAACCUGUUGCUUUGCUCCGGUGUAGUAGGACGUCUCUCUUCGAGGACCAGCUCCAACAUGGACUACAAUACGACAUCUGACGGGCAGCUGCGGGAGCACCUGAUACGGCGCGAAGACCUUUCCGACGCGGGGUACGAGCAGGAAGGUGGAACAAGUACUAGGCGAGUAGAACAGUCUUCGCGGAACAACACGCGCCCGAAAAAAAACCGCCGGGAGAAGAACAACCGGGAUCCGUACGUGAACACCUACCCUCGCGACGAGUACGACGACGGGACUGCGGGCCGGAGCGAGUACGAUCGCCAGCAUUACCAGGACAACAUCCCCGCUGGCCGUGAGCGGGGAGUUGACGUGGAGUACGACAGUUACCAAUACGAGGAUGGCUAUGGUGCCUCCGGUGCGCGGGACCGCGACGACCGCCUCACGGAGAACAACCGAGCGCGGAGAGGCGGACACAAGCGGCGGCGGGACCGAAAUAGGGAGCGCGGCGGUGCGGGGGGCGUAGACCACAACAACCGGUCAUACCACCGCAACGGCGACCGGUAUAAUUCGGACGGGUAUAUUCACGAUCACUCCGGCCGGGACCGAUACAAUACUUCAGACGCGGACCACCACGACAGCGGUACCGAUUAUUCGAACAGCGGGAGUGACUACGGCGAUGAGGAGGACGACGAGGAGAGUCAGACCCCGCAGCGCAGCAACCGCCGGCGGAACCGCGGUCGGAGAAAAAAGAUCAUGGAGAGCCCCGAUCACGCGGACGAGGACCACAAAAUCCGCCACGAGUACAGUGUCAUCCAGGACCACCGGGGCGGCGGCCACGAUGAAGAGUGGGAGGCCGAGGAAAAGGACCGUGGCAGCGGGCUGGAUAGCGGGGGUGGUCUUCACGACCACUGCGAGGACGACGGCGAGCAGGACCCCCGCGGGCGGCGCGACGACUCCUCCUACAGUCGGGGCGAGUACCACGACGGGUCCCUUGGGGGCCAUCAGGGCCCCUACGACCAGGGCGCCGCUGCGGACCUGGCGUUGCGCCGAGAUCGGAGCCUGUCGAGUAACACCAGCCUCGGCGAAAGGAUGAACAACUUCGGGACCACGACGUCGAUUAACCCGCCCGGCGCACCCGGCGGCGGAGGAGGAUACCAGCCUCCGGUGCUCACUGGUAUGCACGAGUCUGGAUUUUUAUGGAAUAAUGCAAAAAAAAACAGCAAACAGCCGUGUAUUCUUUUGGAUCAACAUCAUCCUUUAAAAAUAGAGGACUUCUGCGGGGCACAACCUGGUGCACCGUCUAAGUCUCGCCUACAAGACGUUUGGAGUGUGUAGCCGCGGCUUGCACAAGAAGCUGUGUUUCGAUUCUUUCUGCUUUUCCUGCAUGUAAAGAUCGGUGUUGAUCGUGAAAAUACGGAUUUGCAGCUGCAUUGGAAUUUCCAAUUCCAUAUCGCCAACUUGUUGGGCUUGGUGGACGGCGAAGUCCCAACAGUUCCAGCAGCCCGAAGAGCCCGAAGACGACGCCCCCCUUCCCGUCGCUCGGCUCGCCGCACGGGGGGGUUGCCGGGGGUCCCGGAGUGCUGCAGCUGUUUCAGACCGCUUCCUCCUCCAGCACGACGGCAGGGAACCCGAAUCUCCCGCGCGCCGACAGCUCCCAGUUGCCCCGCGCCGGCAGUACUUUGUCGAAGGCCACGCCGAGCGAUCACAGUUUGAACCUCCAGCAAGGCGGCGGAUCCACUUCCACCGCGGCGUUGCAUCAGAAUCGAGGAGCAGGUCCACCUAAUUUGGAAGAACGAGGGGUUCAGCUGCUCGGAAGUGAAACUAGUGGUAAAAUGCUGGAUGUUGACGAUCAGCUACAACGGCAGUCGUUAAAUAACCCGCAACAUCAAAUGAUGGGAGACCACGCACACGACUACCAGCAGCGCGACGCCUCAAGCAGCCACGAGCGGUCCGGAAUAAUGACGGCGUCAAGUGGCAAGAGCAGCCACGAGCGUGUCGCCGGCGGCGCGAACGCGUACAACAACGCCGGCACAACUAGCGGGACCACCGCGCAGCUCCCUGGCAGCACGUCGUCCUUCCCGCUGCGGGCGGGCAGCCUGCCCGUGGGCGCCACGGCCACCCUGUUCGGGCUGGAGCGCGGAACCACCACCAGCGGGACCCCCGUGCAGUUGCACAGCCUGCACCCGCGCACGCCGGCGCAAACAGCGGUUUUCAUCAACGACGGCACGGGGCUGCUCGCCGCGCCGCGCGUGCAGCAGCCGCGCCGCGGCACGGACUUCACGCUGGGAAACAAGAAGCUGACGACACGGUUGAUGAAAGAGAGCAUGCUGAUAUGCAUUGCAAAAGUAUCGUACUAGUACGAAUCGCAUAUACAAAUUUGCUCAACAUGACAAAUGAAAUUUGUCGUGCUAAAUUACCUAAGAAACCAGACUUGUCAUGCUAGUCUGGCACUUAGACUUAUACCAGUAGCAGUGCGAUACUUUAGACUGGAUAGCUGAACGACCGCAGCAACAUCGCCGCCAGCAUGGCCAUGCGCAAGAAGAAGCAGCUGCGGCUAUCGAAAAGAAAAAUCCCCCCUCCCCAUAUCAAAGCGGAAAUCUGUGAUGCUGGAUUUGCGUACACAAAUCAGAUUUGUCUUGCUGACGGGGACGGCAGGCCUACAUCAAGCCUGAGUAGAGAGGUUUUGGCCUAGGCGCUUAGCAUGAGAAACGUCUGCGCUUAGGCCAAACCGCAUCACAAAUCGCCUCCAUAGUGCGGCGGAGCCUGUGGAAUUGCCUUCUUGCAAGACAGAGAUGAUUUGUGGUCGCAAAUCAGCAUUGCAAAUUUUCUGCGACGUACCUUUUCGAUAUGGGGAGGGGGGAUUUUUCCUUACGAUAGCGGCAGCGCCGCCGGGAGCAGAGCCAGGGGCUGGUGCACGCUUUUUGUAUCUGCGAGUCCAUCGACCUGGACUCCCUGAAUACGGAGUGGAACGCGUUAGAUGUGGAGAACGGGCAGGACGUACUGAACCCAAUGGACGACAAAUACAUCGAGCUUGAUUCCGCCAGAAAUUUCGUUUCUCCCGACGCUCUUGUCUCGGUCGAUUCGCAGGUACUAACGAUAUUAGCUCUGGAGGGCGGGGAGGGGUGGUGUUCAUCUUUUUUCGAGUUACCGUUCUUGCAAAGCCGAGCAAGUAGUGCUAGUGUUUGAUGUUUCAAGAAAGCGUCAUGGAAAUGAAAAUAUGAAACAAAGUGUUUCUUUCUGGAGAAGAAGGAAACCUUUCGACGUCUCCGUGUGUGCGAGCUGGAGGGGUGAUGUUUUAAUAUACCGGAGAAAAUCUAACUAAAAAAAUAGGUGACCGCAAUGAAGGUGCUCGGGGGGCAUGACUGCUUGGUGUUUCGCUUUGGCACGGUUGUCACAUGGGGCAUCACCGAGGACCAGACCCGAGAAAUCUGCCACUUCCUGCGGCCCUUUUCCUUUUCCGCCCUGCCGGAGUGGGAGCAGGAUGACAUGUUCUUCAUCGAGGAGCGCGGCGCGCCCGGGAGUGGUAACUGAAAGUAGUGUCUUCAUGGCUCUGUGUUCGAAUAUUCUGUUUUGUUCUUUGAGAGUGAGACUAGACUUGUUCGGAUAAAAAGUUGGAAUGUAUCAAUCCGCGAAUGGAGCAGGAGCUGCAGUUUGUGGUCCACAUAAAUAAUUCAUGCCCUUUACUGAACACAGGUUACGUUGCAAAAGACCGCAUCACGCUGGCGACCAAGAACGUCUUCGAGCGGCUUGCAUACAGCUACGCGUUUGGGCAGUCCGUCAAGCUGUCGGUCUUCGAGGAGUCCGUGGAGGGUUCUAUCGAACGCAACAAAACCAUACCGGAAGAAAUGAUGCGAACGGGGCAGCUUCCAUAUCAAAUGCAAAUAGAAAUAUGUCUGAGUCUGGAAGGUUGCAACUUGUGAUGCUGUCUCUGGAUUCGAAAAAAGUCUGUAUCGCAUGACUAGCAAGAGGAGUCCAGUUUGUGCUACGAGGAGAGGGCGCUUCUCAUGCAGACUAGGCAUAAAGAAGCCGAAGCCCUCUACAAAUCUGUCGUGCUAAGCCAUGCACUACAGGCAUCAGGGGUCAUUCAAAAUAUGCAUGGCAACCAGACGUAUUUGCAAUGCAUAUUCCAAAACGCAUGACCAACCAGCGGGUCGCCCAGUACAUGGGCGACUUGUUUGUGCAAAGGUACUUACUAACUCUGCUUCCAUUCUACGAUGACGUACUACUGCACUCAAUGAUCUUUGCGUAUUGUAUGACUGUCAGAUUAUGAUAUCAGGACAUAGCCAUAACACCACUUCGUUUAUUUUGAGUCCACAAGAGCAAAACAGGUGUCGCGUAAACUUGCAUUUCGACAUUUUGGACACGCCUGACGUAUUUUGGGAAUUCGACGAAUUUGAGGACUGCUAUAACAAUAUGAAUUGCAAAAGUAUCGUACUAGUAUAAAUCGCAUGACAAAUUUCCUCAGCAUGAGAAAGAAAAUUUGUAAUGCGGAUUUAACCUGAGAAAGAAGUUUGUAAUGCAUGAAUGCAAUUAGAAGUACGAGUUCGAUACUUUUGCACAGGAUAAACAAGUGCCGAAAAUACCUCGAUCUGUCGAAGCGGGUGAGUAUGCACUGCAAAUAUGUCUGGGUCUGGAAGGAUCCGAACUUGUGAUGCAAAUUGCGGAUCGUACAAAGAUUUGUGUUGCAUGACUGGCAAGAACAGGUGCUCACUUGCGAAGAACAUGCUGAGAUGGUAUUUCUCAUGCAGAGUAGGCAACAGCACGAAGGGGCUGCAGAACCUGUUAAUAUGCUAGGACUCGCAUUCCAGAUUUGAGGGAGCUAGGAAAAACUGCGCGACAAAUCUCGCACUCUCCCAGACCCAGACAGAUUUGCAGUUCAUAGUGCGCAUCGUCAACCAGCGCUUGGAAAUCAUCAAGGAACUCUACGAGAUGCUGCACAAUGAGGUAUUGGAGAAGUGAUCUUUGAUCCACCUUUUGUUGGGGUUUAAAAUUCUUGUGCUUUUGUUUAUUCACUAAGUCGUGUAAAAACUACUCUACUGCAUCGGGGGUUUCAGUCUGAUGUAGUUUUUUGAUGUGAGUGAUGUCUCUCGUUCGGAUCCGAAGAUCACGAUCGAGACGGGUCACAGUUUGGAGUGGAUCGUGAUUUUGCUGGUUUUCGCCAACGUGCUGGUGGACAUUCUCUCCGUGCUGGGUACGAUGUAUCGCAACCCGUAUUACCGACCGCUCAUCGUCGACCUCGCGAGCUGGUUCGGCCUCGAUCUGCCCCUGGAGCAGGAGCCGGACGACGGGUUUCACCACGCCGAGGAUGUUGCAGACCCAGCGGCACACCUCCACGGUGUUUUUUUUCUCGAGGACCUCCACCAGCCAGCAGGAUGA